GUCGAUAUGCUGUCCGAUUAUCACAACUACUUCUUCACGUCACUCGAUGUCCAUACCGUUGACUUAGAGGACUUCCAAUACGGAGGCACUAAUAUAUCGGGCUUUAAUUUAGUGGACGAAACGAGUAAAGAGUAUUUGGAGAUAACCAGAGAGUGGCAGAACUCACCGCCAAGAUAUCCAAACUGGAAGACCGAAUCCAUUGAACAGAUUACAAAAACUGAAGUGGGUUUGGUGUACGACGCGGUGCGGCUGUUUGCCAAAGCCCUGCACGACUUGGAUCAGACUCAGGCCAUUAGUGUGCGGCCCAUCUCUUGCGAGACGGAGGAGCCCUGGCUUUUCGGCAACGCUGUCACCAAUUAUAUGCGAAUGAUCAAGAGUUUCACAUCGAAAUAA